ACAGUGGUGAAAUUAAGAUGUCGGAGGCAGAGGUGCUACAGGAUAUAGUAUCAUAUCAUCCAGCUGUCGCGGGAAUCAGUUCAAAUACACCCACCCACAACUACCCACAGAUCUUAGGGAAGUUUGUGAGUAACACAAUGAAACAGCACCAGGGGAAACUGACCAGUGACCAGCUGAUGGUCCUAAUGGUCAGUCAGGUGUCAGAGAAAAGUGGCCAUGCAAAACCCCACAAUCUCUUCCUGGAGCCCCGGAAGUGGAAACAACUGUGUGAAGGCAGAACAGAUGUCAUCAAAGACUUCACUUCAGAUAACACAUUUGACAGUAUAGAAUGGCAGCGUCCAAUUGACAGACAGGAACUGGAAAAUGUGAUAGGUGAUCAGGACCUUCGCUAUUUUGUGUCCGACUCGUCCAACAUCCAGGAUAUGGAGUCUGCUGUACUAGAUAAUCCACACAACGUCCAGGUCUGGCUCAAACUGGCUCAUAAAAAUCUCUACAAUCCUAACAGUGGGAAUGAGACCUGUCUGGAUCACGCCCUCAAUGUAUUAGCACGAGGCCUGGAGGAGAACAAGGACAGCGCCGACCUUUGGCAAAGUUACCUCAGUCUUUAUGCCAAACACAAGGAGUCCAGUGACUUACAACAACUGUGUGAAACGGCUCUGGAAUACACACAGAGCUACACCCUCUGGUGGCAGUACCUGAAUGUGUGUACGUCGUGCCAGCAGAAACAGGAGGUAUGUGACCAGAUGUUGGAGUAUGUAAGAUUAGCCGAGGACCACUUCCCUCGGGAUGUACGCUCACACUGGGUCCUAGAAGUCAUCCUCUACAAAACAUCACUCUACGUGUGGACUGGCAAGUUCAAGGCUGCCAUCAAACAGAUGCAGGUGAGCAGA